CACUUUGUAACUUACAAAAAUGACGGUAAAAUUACAGGGAAAUUUCAGAAACCCUAUAAAUUACUGAAAUCUUUGAAAUUUAUGAAAUUUAUUAAGUUUCAUAAAUUACAUAAAUUACGGUAACUUACGUGAAAUUUCAUCAAGGUUAACGAGUUUCAUUUUACCCCUCCCAUUGCUUUUAUUGGAAUUAUGUUGCAUUGUGCUUACGGCUUACCGCGUGUCGCCUUGUGUAAUUGUGCUGACUUUAGUUUUGCGUACCUAUGCCUAUGCGUCUCUUGUGUGUUGUGUUGACGAAUCAGUAAAAUAAUAUACCUAAUCUAUUGGAUUCAACGAACAAGCAUUAUGGUUAAACCAAGGUCUUCAGUGUGGAUGUAUUUUGAAGAAUGUAUAGAUAGUAAUAAAAAAACAACAUGUGUUCAAUGCAAAUUUUGCAAAGAAAAAUAUUCAAAAAAUUCCACUAGGAUGAAAAUCCAUAUUGGAAAUUGCAUGAAAGCCCCCACCAGUAUUCGCUCUAAAAUGACAGCUUCAUCGCGUACGUCUAGUCCUAGUACUAGUACUAGUACUACUAGUUGUAGUCGUCAUGAGAGUAAUGUUGAAAAAAAUACAGUACGCACUUUAUCUGCCGUUACACCCGUUAAAAAAUCAAAUUACAUUUCUAACAAACAAAGAUCCAUGGUAGAAAGUUUUGUAGACGUAAUGAAAGUAGAAGAACAUCAACAACUGACAGCCUUAUUUGCAAAGGCAGUGUUUACUAGUAAUACACCACUAUCAAUUACAGAAAACAGAAACUGGAAACUAUUCUUUAAAAGACUGAGACCCUCCUUUACGUUACCUGGGCGAUAUCUGUUAUCACAUCGUCUACUUGACGAAGAAUUUGAGAGAGUACAAAUUCAUGUGGAGGAAACUUUGAACAUUUCAGAAAAUUUGGCCCUUCAGUGUGAUGGGUGGUCAAAUUUAAGAAACGAAAGUGUCAUUAACGUUAUCAUCACAACCCCGCGCCCUUUAUUUGUCAAGUCUGUUUUAAGUGGCACUGCAAGUCAUACUGCUACCUAUUUAGAAGGUAUCAUGUUAGAGAUAAUCGAGAAAUAUGGGCCACAUAAAUUUAGCGCAAUAGUUACCGACAAUGCCGCUAAUAUGCGUAAAGCAGCACGUAACAUACAAGAGAAAUAUCCCCAUAUUGUGUCAUAUGGUUGUAUGGCACACACUCUUCAUUUGAUGUGCUCAGAUAUAUUGCGAGUAGAAUCUGUUGAGCAGAUCAUUGUGUCUGUUAAGAAUAUUGUUAAGACCAUAAUGUCCAGUCAGAUAUUGCGAGCAAAACUAGAAGAAAUAAAAAAGGACAUGAAACUUACAACUUCGUUAAGUAUGCCUGUCAAAACAAGGUGGGGUUCACAUGUUAAAUCAAUGGAAGAUCUCGUUAAGUGCAAAUUUGCCUUGCAAAGACUUAGUAUAACAGAAGACACACAAAAAGUUGUUCAUACUAUAAAACCCGUUAUCCUAAGUGAGGAUUUUUGGGUCAGUGUGGAGGGUGUAAUAAACCUUUUAAAGCCCAUAACACAAAGUAUAACACUUCUGGAAGGUGAUAGUCCUUCUAUUCAUUUAGUGUGCAAAUCCUUCAAUGCAAUAAAUUUAGAAUUUGAUUCUAAUUUACAACUGCUAAAAUUACAAGAAACGGAGAGGAAUAACAUAUUACAAAAAUUUUCAGAAAGGCAGCAGUAUGCAAUGCAACCUGUCCACAUGGCUGCUGAUCUGUUAAAUCCUCACUCUGUUGGCUCAUACUUGUCAAGUGAACAAAAAAUGCGUGCUAUGAAGUUUAUUAAUGGUUUGGCAAAAGACAUGAUGUUGCCAACUGCAAUAGCAGAAUUAGGUCACUACAUGGGCAAACUCCAUUUCUUUGCAGAGAAUUUUUUGUGGGAAGUACUACCUACGGUUGAUGCAAUAACUUGGUGGAAAGGUUAUUGUGGAGAUCUCUCACUUUCAAAAUUAGCUGUACGGAUUCUCACAAUGCCAUGUACAUCAGCUGCCACCGAAAGAAGCUUUAGCACUCAAAGUUUAAUUCACACAAACAGAAGAAAUAGGUUAACAAGCAAAAGAGCUAUAAAACUAAAUUAUAUUCAGCACAACAGUAAAUUGUUUAGUUCUCAAGAACCUACGACGGUUCAGGAUGACAGAAACUUCCAGCAUCAGCAAUCAAAUAUUAAUAACCCUGAAGCACCACCUACUAGCAGUUCCAAAGAAAAGUACUCACGAAAAUCAUUCUCAACCAAUCAAGUUUGUUCAGAGAGUUCUGAUUCUGACUCUAAUAUUUCGUGGACGUCGGAUAUAGAAGGAAAUGGAAACUCUGACGAUGACUUUAGUUACAAUGAUACCCCGUCUGAUGCAGAAGAGGAGCAUAUUGAUGAAACUCCCCAAACCAAAGGACAGAAACGCAAACGCGAUACUACUUGUCUACUUAGUGCAAGUCAUAUUGCUGGUUCCGACAGUAAAGAUGAUUCAUUAGAAGUACUGAACUGCAGUAUACAUAAUGCAGAUGAGUCCGUAUAUGAUCCUGAUCCCCAAGAAUCCCUACUCGAAUCUGAUCUUCAGUCAAUAAGCUGUAAGUCGUUUUACAAAGAAACAAUACCGAUAACACGCAGAAAGUAGCGUAAAGUACAAGUACAAGUGAUUCAACCAUUUUAGUUAAUUAAAGAAGACUGUGAAUUUCUUUUUUAUUAGUUUGAUAAGUAGUUCAUUUGUUUCGUGCUAUAGCAUAAGUUUAUGUCUAUUAUACAAUGUUACUUUGGGUUAGGAGUUUAAGUUUUUAGUUUUUCUUAUGUUGAUUUACAAUAUACCUACUUCUAAACGUAUUACCCAUGAGUCUUUUCCAGCAAAGUAUCAAACAUCCACACUACACAAUAAAAUAUCUUCCAAAACUCGUAUAUUUCAUAAAUUUCAUAAAUUACAGACAAAACUGUAAGUUACGUCAUAAAUUACGUGGUAAGUUACAAAAAGAUAAAUUUCAUGAA